GUUUAGACAAAGUUUAGAUGAAAAACACACUCUCCUCACGCCCAAAUAUCAUAUCACGAAAAAAAAUUAGCACGAAAAAUAUCACAAUCUUAUCUUAUAGACAGCCCAAAAGGCAAAAACCCUCAACAAAGGGGAAAAGCCGAACCCCGCCGGCCGCCGCCACCCGCCGGAAUGACGAAGCCCGCGGCGUCCUUGGCCUCCCUCCUCCCGCAGCUAUGGCACCGGCCCUUGCCGCCGCCGCCCCUCCUCCCCCGCGCCCUCUACUCCUCUUCCCCGCUCCUCACCACCCACCGCCGCAUCCCACGCCACCGCUUCCGCGUCCCCCCCACCACGCACCUCGACGCCGCCGCCGCCGCCAGGGCAACCAGGGCCGCUGACCCCGUAGAGGCCCUAACAGCCACCUCGUACCCAGCCUACGACAGGCUUCCGCCCUGCCCGUCCAAAGACGACCCUCCGAGGAUGGAGCACCUCGUCGCCCGGGAAGACGAGGUCGCCGGCGAUUUCAUCUCCAGGUCCCUCAACCUCCCCCCUAUGGAGAAGUAACUAUUUCUAAGUCACCCCCCAUUUGAUCCUUGUGGAAGUAAGAUGUCUAAGAUCAAGGUGCCAGCAAGCACCACAUUUCACUACUAGAACCCAGCCGAUGACCACAUCGGCCCGGCAGUACCACAUCAACUUCAAUAAUCCGCCCAUGUCUUGGUCGACCCAAGUGUGCAUCAAGGCAUCAACACUGAAAAUGAGGUUGCAUUAAUUUGCCCCAAGGACAUAGAGUCAAAGUGGAUUGCGACAGGCAAAGCCGCCGGCGGCUAGCUAGCCUGCAAAAAUUCUUUCUUUCCCUUCGCGUGUUUAGACAAAGCUCAAAUAUUGUGUUUUGAUAUUCGUCCAGUUUGUCUGUUAGCACCGGGUCUCUAGCUCCCGGAUGAAAGUGCCUAGGUCUAAAUUGAGUGGGUUCUACCUGGCAAUGACGAUAUUUUUCUUACGUCGUUACCUUAUUGAAGGCAUUGUUCAGAUACACUCGGACUAAUUAUUCAGGAUGAAAACCUAGAUAUUGGCCUUAUGUUUGGAUCAAGUGACGGUGACGUUUGGGUGUCGCUCCCUUUCUGAAAACGUUGUUGUUGAAUAAUCUCGUCAUUCAUGUGGUGUCAUGAGAUGGUUGAUACGAAUAUGAUCAUUGUUGCCUUUUUUUUUUCCUUGCA